UUGAAAUUUCUCGCAAAAUGCGCCUUCCUACAGAUUUGUCUCAAACAAUUCUACGGAAAUUUUAUACAAAUCCCUCUCUCCCAUCUUAUCACCAACAGUGACCCGAUAACUUGUGCAAUCUAACCUCGGAUUCCUGCGAACAAUGCAGAGAAUCCUCCCAGUGGUCACUACCAACGUCAGAAUGAUGUCAAGCUUUCGAUUGGCUCUGGUCCAACUUUCAGUUGGCACUGAUAAAUCCUUGAACAUUCAGAAUGCCGUGUCUUACAUAAAUCAGGCAAAACAGCAGCAAGCGGAUAUCGUCGUCCUUCCGGAGUGCUUUAAUUCGCCUUAUGGGACCCAGCAUUUCCAAAAAUAUGCGGAAUUGAUCCCGGGGGGUGAAACCAGUGCUGCAUUAUCGAAGGCAGCGAAAGACAACGAAAUUUGCGUCAUUGGGGGGACGAUUCCAGAGAGGGAAGAUGAUAAACUGUACAACACUUGCACAGUUUGGGGUACUGACGGCCAAUUCAUCGCCAAACAUCGAAAAAUGCACCUCUUCGAUAUCGAUAUUAAAGACAAAAUGACUUUUUUCGAAAGUGAAACGCUGUCUCCCGGAAAUGAUCUGACUAUUUUCGAUUUCAAGGGCUGUAAAAUCGGUAUCGGGAUAUGCUAUGAUAUCAGGUUCGAAGAGUUGGCGAAAUUAUACAGAAAUAGGGGAUGCCAGAUGCUUGUGUACCCAGCUGCAUUCAAUUUAACCACUGGGCCACUGCAUUGGGAACUACUGCAGAGGUCAAGGGCUAAUGAUAAUCAGUGUUACGUGGUUUGUGUCUCUCCGGCGAGAGGCACCGGGCCUGGGUACAUCGCUUGGGGGCAUAGCCAGUUAACGAGCCCCUGGGCGAAAGUCGUUUGUGAUCUGGGGACUGAAGAGAAGAUGGCAGUUGCUGAAAUUAAUCUCAACGAAGUUGAAGAAGUCAGAAAUCAGAUCCCCAUAUCUAGGCAGAGACGAACAGAUAUUUACGACACAAUCUACAAAAAAUAAAAAUUCUAAUCAUACGCAUUACAUCACAAAUGGAAAAACCAUAAAAGGAAAAAGAAAUAUUUCUGAAUUUUCAGAAUAACGCAACAAAUAAAAGUGGAUGAACCUAUUGAAUAAAUUUAAAACACCUUUAUUAACUUUCAGUUAAAUAACGUAAUAAAAAAUCUAUUUUGAAAUACAUAA